GGUGGCGGCGGCGGCGUCGUCGUCGCCCAACAGCACUGUCUCUUCCUUCCAGAUGGAGUUUUCCGCCGGGGGAGGCGAGGGCGGAGCGCUGCCGGUGGAAAGGGCCUGUUCGAGAGCGAUGGGGACGUUGUCGACUUAGUGGGUACUUUGUAGAGACGCUUGUGGUGGGGGACAAGCUAGGCGUACUUCCGCACACUAUCCGGGUCUCCCUCGAGGGGGAGCUCUUCGCAGUCGACGCCACAAAUAACAAUAUAGUUCGGAUCACUCCGCCUCUCUCCCAGUAUAGCAGAGCAAGAUUUGGUUGCCGGGUCAUUUAAGGGAUUCUCUGGACAUGUAGAGAUGGUAAACCUGCAGAUGCUCGUUUCUAUCGUCCAAAAGGUGCCGCUAUGGAUGACAAAGGGAAUGUGUAUGUUGCUGAUAUCUCCAAUAUGGCUAUUCGAAAGAUAACUGAAUCAGGUGUGACUACUAUUGCUGGAGGAAAAUCAAAUAUAGCAGGUUAUAGAGAUGGCCCGAGUGAGGAUGCUAAGUUUUCUAAUGACUUUGAUGUGAUAUAUGUUGGAAGAACUUGUUCUCUUCUAGUCGUGGAUAGGGGUAAUGCUGCUCUUCGCCAAAUUUCUCUUCAGCAAGAGGACUGCCAAUACCAGUAUACUUCAGUAUCAACAUCAGAAGACCAGGAAGAAAAAAGUUGACAACAGACAAGAGAAGUCACCAGCAGCCGAUACUUCGCUGCAGCAUCAGUGCACGGAUGCCACCAGCAGCCUGACCCCCUGCAUGGACUAUGGCAGCGGCAGCAGCGACCGACCCAACAGCGACUGCUGCGACACCGUGAGGAACAUCCGGGGCACAAACCCCGUCUGCCUCUGCUACGCCGUACAGCAGACGCACAACUGCUCCUCCCCCUGGAGCGCCUUAGAGCUCAAGGUCGAACUCCUGCUCAUGCUGCCCGGUGCUUGCAACCUCGACAACUCCAACGCUAGCAAUUGUAACGGAACUACUGUGUUUCUUCUUCUGCUAGUGAAGAGAAACAUCUUGAGGAAGAAAGAGCUGAAAAGGAUAAGAAACGGAGAGUUGAAGCUUUGUCGGUUUUUUCUGAGAUGAUAGAAACUGAUCACAUGAUGGAUUCUUACUGGUCUGACUUGAUAACUCAUAACCGCCCUACUAAAAUCGAAGUCGAAGUUCAUGCUCCGGCUCAAAGGAAAAAGAGGAAAACUUCAAGACAAACAUCUGCUCUGAUUUCUGUUCCUGUUGUACAAGCCACAUAACAUAUUCAAAUUGGAAUAGCUUGUCCCACUAUGAAGCAAGUGCUAUCCUCAGAUAGGCCCAUAAUCAGUGUCAAUGCAAAGAUAGUCGAUAGGUGUAUGCCUACAGCUUUGGUUUUGAAUUUCAAUAAAUCCAGUCCUCUUCCUUCUGAAGUUGAUCUGAUUAGGAUUUGCUGUCGCUAUGGGCCCAUAGUGGAAGUAGCAACA